UACCGUUGGACACCAAGUAAAUAUUUUAAAUGCUGAUGUCACUUCUUUUUUAUUGGGGGGUGGGGGGCUGUCAAGAAGAAGCAGAGCGUGGCAGCUUCCCCCCUCCUCUCCUGUUGUCAAGCCGAGAAAGGCUCCCCUGCCGUGGACGACCAGGCUCAUGAAAAAGCUCGCGACCGAAAGGCCACCAUUGGCUGUCCCGACUGCCCAAGCUGGCAGGCAGUCGCGUCAGGGAAGGACUGGACUGACAGACGCUAACGUGGAAAUAUCCCCCAAAGGAAAGGAUAUAACAUUGUGAACUCGAACAAUGGGAUUUUAUGCGACUUGUGGAUUUCCCAGCUCGACGAAAAUUAGCGUUCAACGUUCUCUGGAAGUUUGAGAGUUGAUCCCGAUGUGGUGACGCUACAGCUCGGAGUCGACGGAAAGCUAAUGUUAGCCGACGCGCUAACAUUACUUGAGCGAUUAAUCGUUUUUGUCUAGUUUAUCGUCUUACUUCGGUAUUGUAAGAACGUAUCGACACAUUAGACUAUGUCUGGCACAUAGACCCGAGAGCUGUUGGCAUUUGAUCAACUUUUAGCUAACUCCGCAUCGUUAUCUCGGCGAAGUUAGUCUUUCCAACUAGCAAACGUUAGCCACGUAGCUGGCCAGUAGCUAACGUUGACUAACUGUUGACUCCAAACGGAUUUAAAGCCAAAGAAUUUAGCUUUAAAAUAAGCCGAGGCUAGUGAGCGCACAGCUGUUUCCACGUCACAUUGCUUGCUGUAUAGUUUGCUGUCUACAUGUUUGAAAGCGAUAAAUCCACCCUGAAAAGGUUUACUUUUUAAAGUCGUUGUUUGUUUGAAACGUAAGGAAAACACUUGUAGGUAUGCAAUCACUGAAUCAAUCACCAGUUUACUUGCCUAAUGCUAGCUAGCUCUGUGUGAGUUAGCCAGCUGAAGUUGGAAUCCUGCCUCCAAUGGGCUUGCUUUGAGGCCUUGUCUACAGUGGAAACAUACCCAAAGCCUUAAUACACACUAUUCCACCUUCUGAGAGGAGUAAAUAUUUUAAUGUCUGGGUAUUUGGCUGUUCCCCUCACGACCUGAAAGGAGUACCUGGACCUCGUUUACCUGCCACUGGGGAAUAUUGUUGAUUUUAAAGAUGAUGUGUGAAGUGAUGCCCACCAUCAGUGAGACGGAAGGACCGAAUGGAGGAGCUGGUACAGGUCGUCGAGGGUCCGGCUCCCCAUUACAGUCAGACUCUGAAGGUCAUUUUGAGUCUCUGAUGGUGUCCAUGUUAGAGGAGAGGGAUCGUCUUCUUGAGACUCUGAGAGAGACUCAAGAAAAUCUGAGCUUGGCUCAGGGUAAGCUGCAUGAGGUCGGCCAUGAAAGGGACUCUCUUCAGAGACAGCUCAACACUGCUUUACCGCAGGAGUUUGCAGCACUAACAAAGGAGGUGAACAUGUGCCGGGAACAACUUCUAGAAAAGGAGGAAGAGAUUGCAGAACUGAAAGCUGAGAGAAACAACACACGGCUCCUCUUGGAGCAUUUGGAGUGCCUGGUUUCUCGUCACGAACGUAGUCUGAGAAUGACAGUAGUGAAACGGCAAGCUCAGUCUCCUGCUGGAGUCUCAAGUGAAGUGGAAGUCCUCAAAGCCCUUAAGUCACUUUUUGAACACCAUAAAGCCCUUGACGAGAAGGUAAGGGAGAGACUGCGAGUCGCCUUGGAAAGAUGCGGUGCUUUGGAGGAACAGCUCACCAUGUCACACAAAGAGUUGGCUUACCUCAGGGAGCAGAGCUGCCAGAAGAGGGGAUUGGCAGAUGGGACCAGUGAGGUCAACCACAACUCUGAAAAUACACCAAGCACGAAUGGAAAGCGGUCAUCUGAUGGAUCACUCAGUCAGGAGGAUGAGUCGGUUCCUGCUUUCAACAAGGUUGGAGAACUUCAGGAGGUGGUGGACCGUCAGACCGCUGAUCUGGGCCAGAUGAAGGAGCGCAUGGCUGCAAUGGCCUCCCGAAUCAGUGAGCUAGAGGAAGAUCUGGAUAUAGCGAGAAAAGACCUCAUAAAGUCUGAAGACAUGAAUACACGAUUACAGAGAGACAUCAGAGAAUCUAUGGCUCAGAAGGAUGAUAUGGAAGAGAGGAUCACCACUCUGGAGAAGCGCUACCUAGCUGCUCAGCGGGAGGCUACGUCCGUCCACGACCUGAAUGACAAGCUGGAGAAUGAAGUAGCUAACAAGGAGUCCCUCUUUAGACAAACUGAGGACAGAAACCGGCAGCUUCAAGAGAAACUGGAACUAGCUGAGCAGAAGCUGCAGCAGACUAUCCGCAAAGCAGAAACUCUGCCAGAGGUGGAGGCUGAGCUAGCACAAAGAGUAGCAGCCCUCACAAAGGCAGAGGAACGCCAUGGUAAUGUGGAAGAGAGAUUGAAGCAGCUGGAGGCCCAGUUGGAGGAGAAGAACCAGGAAUUGCUCAGGGCAAGGCAAAGAGAGAAGAUGAAUGAGGAGCACAACAAGCGUCUCUCUGAGACAGUGGACAAGCUCCUGUCUGAGUCCAACGAGAGGCUCCAGCUUCACCUUAAAGAGAGGAUGUCUGCUCUGGAGGACAAGAAUGCCCUCAUAAGGGAACUGGAGCACACCAAGAAACUGAUUGAGGACUCUCACCAUGAAAAGGAGCAGCUAUUGAUUCAGAUUGAAACGUUGAGGGCCGAGAAUGAACAGGGUAGGAGCAGAAGCAACUCAUUAUUACAUGGUCGAUCACAGCUGGGAAGUACCCCAGACUUCAGGUAUCCAGUGUCUGCUUCCUCUAUGAUGGACAGUAACUCAGACCACUACGGGAGCGCUCUUGUAUUGAGGCGGCCCCAAAAAGGAAGAGUAGCAGCGCUUAGAGAUGAACCAUCCAAGCGUCAUGUGCAGACUCUUAAUGAGCAGGAAUGGGAGCGUGUCCAACAGGCCAAUGUGCUUGCUAAUGUGGCCCAGGCCUUUGAGAGUGAUAUGGAUGCCUCAGACCUGGAGGAGGAUCGAGAGACGAUCUUCAGCUCUGUUGACCUUCUGUCCCCUAGUGGUCAGGCAGAUGCACAGACUCUGGCCUUAAUGCUGCAGGAGCAGCUUGAUGCCAUCAACAAUGAAAUUAGAAUAAUUCAAGAAGAGAAGGAAAACACAGCCAUCCGGGCUGAGGAAAUUGAGUGCAGAGUGGGCAGCGGCGACAGCCUUGGAGGACGUUUCCGCUCAAUGAGCUCCUUGCCGCCUUCACUGUGUGCAGGCUCUCCUAUUGGCAGCUCUCCUCCAGGCUCUGGACACUCAACACCAAGACGUAUUCCUCACAGCCCCCACAGAGAAUUAGACCGGAUGGGUGUCAUGACCCUGCCUAGUGACCUGCGCAAGCACCGCAGGAAGCCUGCUCAGGACGACAAAACCACUAUCCAGUGUGAGACAUCACCCCCCACCACUCCACGCUCUAUGCGCCUCAACAGGGAAGCAGGUCAUGCUGCCAGCCACGAGGACAUAAGAGACAUUCGAGGUCUUGGCGUGCAAGAUGGGCAGGGUAGCAACCCCAGCAGCAGUAACAGCAGCCAGGACUCUCUCAACAAGGCAGCCAAGAAGAAGAGCAUUAAGUCUUCCAUUGGACGCCUUUUUGGGAAGAAGGAGAAGGGCCGACCUAGCAUUCCUGGAAAGGACUCUCCCAGUCAAGCUGGAACUCCUGAAGCGGAGAGCUCACCUAAGGAUGGCUUAGGAAUGGGCACCCUGGGGGGCCCUGCAGAAAAGAACAGAAAACUACAGAAGAAUCCAAAGACAGGGCACGAACUCUUAGAUGAGGCGCGCAGGCAGGGCCUGCCUUUUGCCCAAUGGGAUGGACCAACCGUUGUCGUUUGGCUGGAGCUAUGGGUAGGCAUGCCGGCCUGGUAUGUCGCCGCCUGUCGUGCAAACGUAAAGAGCGGAGCCAUUAUGUCAGCACUUUCUGACACCGAAAUCCAGCGGGAGAUUGGCAUCAGCAACCCAUUACAUCGUCUGAAACUUCGUCUUGCCAUCCAGGAAAUCAUGUCACUCACCAGUCCUUCUGCCCCUCCCACCUCCAGAACGACCACAGGAAACGUUUGGGUCACACAUGAAGAAAUGGAAAGUUUGGCAGCUACACCGCCCACGGAGGACGACGAAAGUAGCUGGGCCCAGACACUGGCGUACGGAGAUAUGAAUCAUGAAUGGAUUGGUAAUGAGUGGCUUCCCAGCUUGGGUCUGCCACAGUACCGCUCGUAUUUCAUGGAGUCUCUGGUAGACGCCCGCAUGCUUGAUCACCUUACCAAGAAAGACCUUCGCGGACAGCUGAAAAUGGUUGACAGCUUCCACAGGAACAGUUUUCAGUGUGGAGUAAUGUGUUUAAGGAGGCUCAACUAUGACCGGAAAGAAUUGGAGAGGAGAAGGGAAGAGUCUCAGCUGGAAUUUAAUGAUGUGCUGGUGUGGAGCAAUGAGCGUUUGAUUAAUUGGGUUCAGGCUAUUGGGCUGAAAGAGUACAGUGCCAACCUCUAUGAGAGUGGUGUCCAUGGUGCACUGCUCUCCCUGGAUGAAACCUUCGAUCACAACACCCUGGCACUACUGCUGCAGAUUCCCACACAGAGCACUCAGGCCAGAGCAACUCUUGAGCGGGAGUACAACAGCUUGCUGGCCAUUGGUACCAACAGGAGGUUGGAAGAGGACGACGACAAGAACUUCCGUCGAGCUCCGUCAUGGAGAAAGAAGUUCAGGCCCAAAGACAUGAGGGGGAUGUCUUUGGGUGUGUCAGACACUCUGCCUGCCAAUUUCAGGGUGACCAGCAGCAACGCCUCAUCUGCCUCCACACAGCCAAAGAGGAGCCCAAUGGAAGGAAGCCAGUCUAUACAGAGGCUGGACACUGCUACUGUCAGGACCUACUCUUGUUAACACAAACCUCACACAACGUUUAUCCUCAUUAUUUCUAUAGGUAACCGUUGGUCUGAAGACGAAGGGGAAUUCCCUGCUUUCAAGACCAGGAUGAUGAACUAACAGAUUUUGUUUUAAGGACACAAAAAAUAUAUCCCAUCACAGAGAGAGCUCUCACUCACCGAUCUCAGUGUCCCUAGAGGAAACUGUGUCGAUGUAUCCGCAUUUGUUAUUUAUGUAAACCAAUGGGACAGUUAUAUGAUUUUAGGAUAUAGUGUAAUCUUAUUGCCUCAAUCGCUUUCAACUUUUUACAUUUCCUUACUGUGCUCUUCACCUCUCAGAUUUAUGUAACUGAAUGAUUCAACUGUCUGGAGUUUGUAUAUUUCUACCAACAGACAUUUUAUCUAAUCUUUUUUUAUAAUCUUUAUUUGAUCGGAUGUAUUUUUCUUCCUUGUUGAUUUGAAAUAUAAUCAAUGGUUAAGUGACUUGUGAUAUAAUUUAAUUCUGUAUCGUUACCCCCCUUUUUUUUUUUUUAACUGUUCAAGUUUUUGUCGCAUAUUACUUGUGUUUUUAUUUGUAUGGAAAUGCGGCUGUUAAGUAGGUCAGCGAGUGUGUGAAUAUCAGAAACUGCUGGAGACCAUUUUGAAAACUGCUCAACACUGUGACCAUCACCAUUAAAAUAACUGCUGGCAAGCCAGGUGAUGUUGACAACACA